AUACACGCUAAAAAUGCACAGGGACGGGGAUAUGGGUCAUCUCUAAGGAGUGAUAACAAACAAAUUUAACCAUUUUGACAUCGUUUUAUUCACCAAUUUGAAGUAAUCCGUUUAUAUUAGUAAACAGACAUAUUGAAGGAAUACUCCCAACUGCGUCAACUAAGCUGAAUCAUCAAGAUGGGGAAGCCCGGGCUUGUCGUCUGUUACAUUUGUGGUAGAGAGUUUGGCAGUAAGUCAGUUAGUAUCCAUGAGCCGCAGUGCUUGCGCAAAUGGCAUGCUGAAAACAACCAACUUCAGAAGAGCCAGAGGCGUAAAGUCCCGCAAAAGCCGCAAAUUCUUCCGUCAAUCGAUGGAAACAACAGAAAUGAUGUCAGUCGCUUCAAUGACGCUGCCUACAAAAGCGCCCAGGAUCAACUGCUCCCCUGUGGGAAUUGUGGUCGGACCUUCAUGCCAGACAGAUUACCUGUCCACCAAAGAAGCUGUAGGCCUGGCAGACCAAUGGUGCCCUUGAAACGAACCGGUGCACCCCAGUCAAAUGGUCCUCCUGAUCCUGCUGCCCAAUCGAGAUAUCCGACACCAAAUAACGAUGUGGACGAGCGCCCUGGCACUGCCACUUUAUCAAAACCUAGGGUUCUCAAAGCGAAUACCAGUGGUGAAGACAUGUCCAAGAAACAAGUCCAUAAGGGGGGUAGAAUUGAUCCCACAGCAUUGAUGUCUUGUCCCUACUGUAAGCAGGAAUACUUUGCUGAACGAAUGCCAGCUCAUAAAAAGUUAUGUCGGCCACCCACUAUUGCUAAGAAGCCACAGGGUGGAGGUCAACCUGCUGCAUGUCGAUCUUCCACGCAAAGCUCGACUCCGCCCCAAGCAAACAACACGCCACCCCAGUCGCGAGGUCAGCCUCCGGCAGCUGAUAAAGGCCCAUCUGGACCCAGAAUCGUCUGCUGCCACAUAUGUGGCAAGCAGGUGACUAUCCAUUCGUUAGAAGUUCACCAGAAGACUUGCAUCAAAAAGUUUGAAGCGGAAAAUGAGAAGUUGCCACCUAAUCAAAGACGCCAUCUUCCAAAGAACUUGAAUUCGAUCAGUGCACAGGGAAUGUCCAGGGAAGACGUGGCGGAACUCAACGCAAAGAAUGACAAGGCAUACCAGAAGACAUUGAGCCAGUGCCCAAACUGUAGUCGGACGUUCCUGCCAGACAGGCUGUUAGUACACCAACGUACCUGCAAACCUAAAGGUGGCGCUGUGUCUAAUAACAACAUGAACACGGAAAGAAGCAGAACCGCUACGAUGAAAAACGGUAGUGAGCGACUUCAGCAGCAGGCAGCGAAGGCGCCAAUAGUCAAAAGGGAUGCUGGACCCCGCCCUCCACCAUUUGUCCUGUGCUACAUAUGUGGGAGGAAAUACGGCACCAAGUCGAUCGGGUUGCAUGAACCGCAGUGCUUGGAGAAGUGGCAUAUCGAGAAUGACCAGUUACCGAGACACAUGAAGAGGAAACCUCCGGUAAAGCCCAAAGAGGUUAAACUUACUGGUAAAGGAGGUUAUGACUAUGAUGCCAUGAAUGAAGCAGCGUCGCAGGCAUUCAGCGAUAACUUGGCGAAGUGUGGUAACUGUGGCCGAACGUUCCUUCCAGAUCGUCUUAUUGUGCAUCAGAGAAGUUGUCGGCCGAAACCGCCGAAGAACUGUUAAGCUUAGAACUAUUUGGAUGUUUUUAUUGCCUGAGCUUUUAUUACUGUGCGAAGUCUGACUAGAACAAUCAUUCAAGAACGUUAUAAGAUUGUGGUUUGAAUGUGUGGAGGUUGUGGACCACCAAUAUUGCGGCAUUUGAAAUAUGCAACUACAAAGCUCAUAUCUGAAUUCUUACACAUUUUGUGCUGGUAAAGGCUACUGAUUUUUACAUUAUUAUUACUGGUAUAAAGGGUUCACUGAUGGAGUUGUAAGAAAAUCUUCUGACGUUUGCGUAAGGGACCAUUCAACACUUUCAAUAUUUUUCUCAGGGAACAAAAAGGUCUUUUUAAAGGACCCCUCCAACACUCCCACCCUCCUAACUCAUUCAAAAUGUUGGGAUCAAAUAAGUUUUUUAGGUAAAGCAUGGGUAUGAUUGACCCCCUAACCCCAAAAAGCCACUUUAUUUACUUGGGGAAAAGUGUUGAACGACCCCGCUGUAUAGACAUCCAUAGCUACACUACUUGUAUUUUUGAUAUUGCACUUUUAGACGUUUAUAUGAGUCUUAGCUUUGUGAUGAUGUUUUUCAUUGUAGAAUGGUAAGAUAAGCUUUAUUAAGAUAAGCUUUAUUUUCAUACAUACGUCAUCUCUAUCGGCUUUUGUCUGUUUGAAGUUCUGUGAUCUGAUGUGAAGUUAAGACUGACAAAUCGUAUUUUGUGGUUUAGUCUAAAAACUGAGGCUGAGACAGGUUUUAUUUGUGGUCACAAUUCCUUCCAGUGUUUUUACUUGUGUGUGUUGUGUAUAUUUCUAUUUCUAUUCUAUUGUUUAUAGCUCAUUUUCUGUGAUUAGCAUCAUCUUGCAUUUUACGAACAUUUCUACAUUGUGUGGUUACAAUGUGUAACACUUUUGAAUGUGUAACACUUUUGAAAUAUGAAUAGUGUAUUGUCCUUUCCUUUCUCUAGAAAAUCCGUCCAAAGAGUUCUAUUGACAUAAAAUUAUAGAAGUUGUUGAUUGUUAAUUUGGUUUUAAAGUUAAAGUUUUGAGAUGUAACACUCACUGGCAAGUCUCUGUACACUAAAAUCAAGGCUGAGAGGGUGGAGCUAUAAUGUGGGCCUAAACCUAAGGUGCUUCGGCGGAAGGUUUUGGAUGGCAUUUGAGCGCCAUCUCUAUUUGUUCCUGGGACCCACUGUAGAAGAAGAACUUUUCAGUUAGGAGAAAUUCCCAAAGGUGACAUGAUAGAGAUCUUUUCAUUUUAAUCAUUGGACCAGAGAUUUUGCCCCACAGAAUUAAAUGAAUGCUGCAGUGAUUUUUCAAAGUUGUAGUUCUUUACUGAUUUGCUACAUCAUUAGUUUGUGAAAUUACCUCUUUGGUGGAGUACUGUCUACAGUUAGACAUCAAUUUGACAUACCCAUAGUAAUCGGCAACCUUCAAAAGUUACCAUAUAGGGCAAUGAUUGCCGUAUUUAUAAAACUCCGUCCCUGGGCCAUAAUGCAUAAUUUGUCGAAAUCACUAUGUUUAAGUUAAAAAUAUAUGUAAAAAUUACAGCAAAAAACGUGCUAUUUUGUGAUUAAUUCCUUUUCGGUUAUUUCAGAAGAGCCUUUUGCCUCCCCCCCUCCCCAAGCCCUCUAAUGUUGCUGAAUACUCCAGAACAGAUAUUAAAAAAAAUACAGUGGGAGAAACCUGCUCUGCUCCAAUAGUAUACUUUUAUAUCUAGUUGCCAUAUAACCACCACUUAGUCACUCACUACUUGUCAUUUUGUGCACUGUUCCUGUUGUAGUUAUGCUUAUCUGUGAUAUUGUAAAACAUGAAAUCUUAAAAUAGUGUAAAUAAUUCUAGGUUUCUGUUUGAUAAAGGUGGUGAGAAAUUGUUAUUUCACAUGUUGACAAAUAUAUUAAUUUCAAGGUACAGGUUUAAAAUUACUGUUACAAUGUAUAUCAAGAAUGUGAUAUAAGGUAGAGGUAAUAUUAAGUCCAUAUUGGUAUCAUCAUUCUUAUGUUAUACUGUGAAAGUUGACCUGUAAGGUGAAAUUUUAGGGAAUGAUACUGUGUAGACCUUAUUAAGCCAGUUUAGGUGCAUCUGUUUCACAUAGGCUUACAGCACAUAACAUAGGACGUUUGUACAGGUGCCCUUCAACUGGCUUAAUAUCAUCUACACAACAUAUUGGGAUGGUUGAGGCAUUUUUGGAUCUAUUCAGUUUUGCAUUGAAUCAAUUCAUUUUAGCUGUCAAUAAUAAGAACUGCAUGAUGUCGAGUCUUAAUUGUGACAAUCAGGUCAAGAAUGCUUGUAUAAAUUAAUCCCACUUUGAUAUACAGUAGGACCCCUCUAUUAAGGACACCCUCGGGAUCGACAUGGAGUGUCCUUUAUAGAGAGGUGUCCUGAUUAGAGAGAUCAAAGUGAGUGGAAGCAACCAAUCUUCACCCAGAACUAGUGUCCUUGAGAGAGAGGGUGUCCUUAUUAGAGAGGUGUCUGCUAAGGGAGGUUCCACUGUAAUUCCACUUUGAUAAUAUUAUUGUUGUUACAUAUGUUUCUCUGGAGCUGACAGUGGGGAAAUGUGAAUAGAAACCUGAUGCUCUUUGGUGUACAGAUGACACACUGUCAGCUCCUGUGAUGAAUGCACCUUUAAUUAAAGGUCUACACCGUUGUUACAAAUUUGGAAUUUGAAAUUGAAUUGAAAAUUUCUAAUUGUGUGAAAAUGUACUAAAUAUAAAUUUCAGCAUUGCCGUCGCGUAGACUGAUAUACUAUACAUACCAAAUUUCAGCUAAUUUGUAUGCAUAAUAACUGCACUACGGCAUUGUGUAUUUGCGUUUCUAUUUUCCUGGACCACCAGAAAUUACAAGCGGCGUACCUCUUUGAUAGUACAGAAAGGUUAAGAACAGAUCUGUACACGAAUUGUAGGCCUCUUUAUUGAGUUGGGGGCAGGGUCACUGCUGUGUUUGAAUAGCCUGGGCUACCAAUGAUAUAUGUGUAGUUCAGUUAUGUCUACCAUAAAAAUUAUUAUAAUACUUUCAUAAUCUACUCGACUCGGGCAUAUUCUAGUGUCAGAAAGAGCUGUUUUGAAAAAUAUAUUCCUAUGAAUACUGUUUUAUUGAUUAGCUCGGAUCAAAUGUUAGUAUGGCAGCUGUUGAAGAUUUUAUAUGAAGAACAUAGUUAUAUAUGCCAGUUAAUUCUGUGGUGAUGGAAAUAUUUGUUAUUUUGCCAGUUUAUUGAUGAUGAAAUACAUUAAGGUACAGUGAGUGACCUAAUGUAUAUGUAAAUGUAUCGUGAUGAUGCAAAUUUGUAACUUGUUUGAUUACAAAUUACGCCUUUAAUUGGCAUCCUGAAAUUAAUAUCAUUUUAAUUUGGUAUCCUUUUUGCCUCCUAUGACUUACAGUUGAACCUCUAUUAAGGACACCCUUGGGUCUGAGAAAUGCUGUCCUUAAUUGAGAGGUGUCCUGAUUACAGAGGUCAAAUUAAAUGGAAAUUACCAACUUGGGACCAAAUGCAGUGUCCUUAAUAGAGAGGGUGUCCUAAGUAGAAAAGUAUCCACUAAGGGAGGUUCCACUGUACAUAGGGGUAGAAGUGUGCUUAAGCUGAUAUUGACUAAUUGAGGUAAUAAGUACUAGACCUUUAUGCAAAACUCAUGAGGACAAUAUUUAACAUCGCCCAAUGAGUGGACAAAUAUUUGCCAAUUUUAUGUUAGGUGAUUUGUUUUAAAAUGAAAUUUUAUUUAUAUCCAUUUUUGCAACAUUCUAAAUAUGCAACACACUGUGAAUAUGUUUGAAAUAAA